AUGAAACUCAAGUCAUUCGCCACCUUUGGUACUUUUCUCUGCACGUCGCGUGCAACUCUCGCAAAAUCUGCAGUCCUUGACCAAACCUCUCUUGUUUAUGAGUUUCCAAACAAUACUUGGGUGGAGAAUAUUGCUGCUAGAAAUAACGGGGAACUUCUCUUGUCUAUUGUUGGAACACCGCAACUAUUCACAAUUGACCCCUCGGCUCCCAGCCCCAGACAGCCGGUUUUGAUUCAUGAAUUUACGGACUCUCUUGAUGUGUUUGGAAUUGCAGAAUACCAGACCGACAAGUUUGCUGUUCUAACUGGGAACUUCUCCUUUGAGACUGGAGAUUUAGGUCUUGGGUCUUGGGCCGUAUGGAGCGUGGACUUGAAUGGAAUUUUAGACGGCCUCUCUGUGCUAUCUCAAAAGCAGCAAACACUUCUGAUAGGCGACCUAAGCGCCGGGGUGAUAUAUCGGCUGGAUAUUGGGUCGGGAGAUGUUGCAACUGUAUUAAAUGACACUUUCACUGCUGCUGUUCCGAUCCCACAUUUUGCCCCCUCCGGGGUUGACGGUCUACAUGUGCGAAAUGGCGAGUUAUUCUUCUCAAACGUGGGCCAGCAAAAGCUCUUCAAAGUUCCCAUUGAUGAAGACGGUACGCCCUCUGGACCUGUCACGGUUGUGGCAAGUGCACUCUCGACCCUGGAUGGAUAUGAUGACUUCACGUUCGAUUGCGCUGGUAAUAUAUUCGUAACAACUGGAGGCGGAAACUCAAUCGAAAUGAUCUCUGCCGAUGGUAGUCAACAAGUCAUUAUCGCUGGCGAUGUCAAUUCGACUGCUAUUGCAGAGCCAACAUCUUGCGUGUUCGGUCGCGGCUUACAUGAUAAAAAUGUGCUGUAUGUUGUCACUGCUGGAGGACUUGGUUUACCAGUCAAUGGAGAUACUAUCAUUGGAGGUCAACUUGUGGCUGUUAAAACCACUUCAAUUGGAUCUGCCUGCUAA